GUAUAAUUCCUCGUGAGCAGUCACUUCUCCGAGCCACCUCACCGCGCGGCAUCGACGACUGACAGCGCCGGACUCUAGAGCAGCCCGUCCCCGCACUCACAGUCGUAACAAACCAGCCAGAUCAGCCAGCUCGCGAGCGACACACCGUCCACGUUCUCCAACCAUGGGAUGCACACAAAGCAACCUCGACAGUGACAAGGACGCUGCCAAAUCCCGCGAAGUCGACCAAGCAAAUGAAGAAGCCCACCGACUCGAACAAGAAAAGGUCAAGCUCCUCCUUCUCGGUGCCGGCGAGUCGGGGAAAAGCACGAUUUUCAAACAAAUGAAGAUCCUGUACGGGAUGCCGCUCACGGAAGAGGAACGUCGGCACUGCACGCCGAUCGUAUACAACAACAUUGUGACCUCGAUGAAGAUUUUGCUGGAUCAGUGCGUCGAGCUCCAGCUCAAGAGCGAAGUCAAGUGCGUGGAGGACUUUGACGAGAUCAAGGCGAUUUCAGACGAAACGGAAGUGAAUCCAAAGAUCGGCCAAAAGAUCAAGAACCUGUGGACAGACCCGGGCGUGAUGGCGACAUGGGCACGGCGAGCCGAGUUCCAGAUCGUCGAGUCGGUCAAGUUUUACUUCAACGACAUCGACCGCAUCAUGAAGGACGACUACCAAGUCACGCAGCAGGACAUGCUCUACGCGCGCGUGCGCACGUCUGGCAUCGUCGAAGAAAAGUACCAGAUCGACGGCGCGACGUUUGUUAUGUACGACGUCGGCGGCCAACGCAACGAGCGCAAAAAGUGGAUCCAUUGCUUCGAAGACGUGACGUCGGUCAUUUUCGUCGCGGCGCUGAGCGAGUACGACCAGUCGCUGUACGAGGACUCGAGCACGAACCGCAUGAUCGAAGCGAUCACGUUGUUUGACGAGAUUGUGAACAACCGGUUCUUUUCCAACUCGGCCAUGAUCCUCUUCCUCAACAAGAAGGACCUGUUUGAAGAAAAGGUGAGGAAGAUCGACAUCAAGAGCGUCGAAGUGUUCAAGGACUUCCCCGGCGGUCUUGGCGACUUUGACAAGGGCGUCACGUACUUUUUGUCCAAGUUUCUCGAGAUGAACCGCCAGCCGGAAAAGGAAAUCUACCACCACGUCACGUGCGCGACCGACUCGCAAAACGUCCAAGUCGUGUUCAAUGCGUGCAAAGACAUUAUUCUCAAGCAAAACAUCCGCGGCUCCGGCUUCAUGUAGACUACCCACCUCCCACCACCUCCCAGCGACAAGCCUCACAACAUGCUUGACCUCCCUCAUGAGCGAGCAACGUAGAUCGGUUUAUCUCGCAUAAAAAAAUUGCAUGCAUUCCCAAAAAAA